AUGAAGACCACAAUCUUCGCCGCCGCCCUGGCAGCCGUCUUCAGCAAUGGUGUCUCAGCUGUCCCAUCCCCCAUCGCCGGAGGAAGUGUUCCCCCACCAGGUGCACCACAAGGCUACACCAAAACCGACACACCCCUCCAACUCCAAAAGGGCACCUUAAAAGCCGGCAUCCAAGCCGCUGCCGCCUCUCGCCUCCAAGAUUUCCAACGCGGCUACAACAUCCCCUCUCAAGUCGACCAACACCGCGCCAUUAUCGAUUUCCAAUCCGCCGCAUCCGGAAACGCCCAAUUCGACCCUUGGUGCUGCCAAGUUUAUGGUGACGGUUUCGGAUUCUGUCCCGAUGAGUAUGAUUACCCAUUUGCGGUUCCGACUUGGUCCACGUGUUAUACGCCCACGAAUCAGCCAUACUGGUGCUUGUUCUAUUACCCCAGCAACUAUAACCCCAGCAACUAUAACCCGAAUGGCGGCUGGAGCCAGUAUGUUAAGCCCGUGCAGCCGUCGGAUUUUGGUUAUUUGGGCGCCCAGGGCAAGGUUGCCACUCCCCUGGGAGAUGUUAAUGUUUAUGGGGCUGGGCCGCAGUGUGAGACGAAGGAGGAUGGGACUACGCAGUGUGUGAACUAAGUGUGGAGAGGAAGAAGAAAGGGGUUCUGAGAGGGGAUGGGGAUGAGGUGAGGAGGGUGGAGAUUUGGAAUAGGAUGGAGGAUGGAUAGAUGGUGAGACUGUUUGUUGUGCAUGUGGGCGUUUCUUGAUUGAGAGAAGAAAAUUG